CCAGCACGCAUGAACGACGGCAACCCGUACGACUACCUGCUCCAGCGGCCGGGCGGGCGUGGCCACCCGAUGCAGCCGGCAGCGCCGCCCACGCAUCAUGCGAUGCCCCCGAACCCGAUGGCCAUGGGCUACUCGUACCCAGACCCAACUUCGGGCAUGCUCGACAUGUCGAUGGCGAUGAACCCGAUCCCAUACAACGCGGGCAGCUACAAUCCGAUGCCCAUGAUGGGCCAUGGCCACCAUCUGCUGCCGGGUGGCAGCCACCACGGCAUGGGCCCGCCGUCCAUCGACCCGACGUUCCACCCGGCGUACAUGCCGCCGUCGCGCCCGGACAAUGGUAUCAACUCGUACUAUAUGAUGAACGACGGCGGCAUGAACUACUCGUCGCCCAUGUACCCACCGCCGCCGCAGCAGUCGGUUGAGCUGCCGCGGGCGCCGGUCCAGCGCCCGACGCCGAGCGUGCCAAAGGCGAACACGACACCAAAACCAGGUCCGGCACCGACGAGCACGUACCAGCCGCUAGCGCACGUCGCGAUUCCGCCGUCUCGGCCGCUCGAGCCAUCGACGGCCAUCACGAGCGCACCGUCGUCGAGUACGCACAAGGCCGUGUCCGAGGCGUCGUACGAAUCGGGCGAAGAGAACGUCGCCAAGUCGGAGAAGCGCCGGAGCCAAGUGCGCGACGCGUCUCGCCGCCGCCGUGCCAAGCACAAGGAAGAGGAAGCGAUGCUCGUCAACCGCAUCAAGGAGCUCAAGCAACAAGUGCAGAUCAUGGAAGGCUCGCAUCCGUCAAGCGAUGGCGGCGCCCACCCCAUGUCGGCCAUGUCGGACCACGACCUCGAGCAGGCGUUCAAGGACCAGAAAAAGGUCGUCGAGACGCUCAAGGCCGAGUACAAAGACCUGAAAGCCCGGCUCAAGCACCACGAAGAGUUUGCGCGGUCGCUUCAACAAGGCAUCCAAGCGCUCUCGGGCUCGGGAGGUCCGGCAAUGAACACGCUCAUGGGCGGGUUCAACAGCAUGGUGGCCGAGCUGCCUGCUCAAAGCUUUGACUGGAGCUGGAUCCACCGCGGCGACAUGGAGUGGGUUCACGAAGUCGUCCGCACGGGGUUCCAAGAACUCAACCACUGGAAGCCGCCAACGUCGGCCAACGAGCCCGUGAAUGCGUCGGCGAUGGGCUGGACGAGUGACUUUUGGGAAGACGGCGAUCGGACCAUGUGCUUUUCCACGCACAAGUUGAUGCGCGACGGCGUCCUUCGGGACUUUGUCGACAAGACAUGGGGCAUUCUCUCCAACCGCGACAAAUCGCGGCGCGUGUACCCCGACUGGAAAGAGCUCGAGGUGCUCAAAUGGGUCAGCGAAGACAUUGCGAUCGUCCGCAUCUUCGAGUCGGUCGGCCCACGCAACGUGACGUUCUGCGCUGUCGUCUUUCGCAUCUUUGUCGACGAGCAGCACUACCUCGUCGGCAUGAAGUCGUAUGCAAUGACGCCGCCCCUGCGCCAGAUCACCGCGUCCAUGCGUGCACAAGAGGCGUGUGCGUGGAAGUUCUCCGUGUCGCGAACCGAGCCCGGCGUCGACGUCGAGUUUGUCGGCUACCAAGACGUGGACCAAACCGUCAAGAGCAAGGCUGGCAUGGAAGCCAUGUUUGUCAUGCUGCGCUGGGAGAGCGAGGCCGUGACGCAGCCCGUCUUUCGCCCCCCACACAAUCGGCUCAUCCAGUAGCCUCGAUUAUUGCCGUUCGAGAACUAGAGCAAUCGAGCAAGAGAGCGCGUGCUUGUUUG